UGUUUCUAUAACUUCUCAACGAAGCCUCCAUCAACGAAUUGGUAUUCGUGAUUUUCGUCUUAUUUUGGCCUCUAGAAUCGCUCAUGUAUGCACGGUUUUUUAAAUUACUAAUAUCGUUCCUUUUCCCAGGGAUAACAAUGAUGGGUUCAACUAUCGUGAUGCUGAUUUCGCUGACAACCAUGUCGAUGGUCUAUAACAACGUUUCCGCGGGUCUGCCGACACAGUGUAACCCUGGAUUCCUCGACGAUCUUCCUCCGAGGAUCCGCAAAGUCUGCGCCGCCCUUUCCAGGAUAUACGAACUUGGCUCAGAAAUGGAGAGUUACAUCGAUGACAAAGAAAGCCGCAUAACAGGUUUCCAUGAAAGCAUCCCCUUAUUGGACAGCGGCGUGAAAAGACAGGACGUCGAUCAUGUUUUCCUACGCUUUGGAAGGCGUCGCUAGGCGCCACAACGAAUUAUGCUUUACACUCAAAUAUUGAACAACUAAAGUCUUUAUCACUCGAUCGCCCCAUUCUCUAGCUAGGAAAGAAUAUUUUCGGAUUUAUUUCGGAGCUCGAUGUAGCUGAAAAAAACUGUAUUUUCUCCCUAACUGUCUCUUGGCUAAAUAAUACCGAAAGGAUUACCUUCUUCUCGCAAAUAAAUUGUUCAGACAAUGUAACAAGAACUUGGACGAG